AUGUUCCGGCACAGUUACCGCACAUUCCACGCCGACUCCUGCCGGCACGCCGACAGUCGCUACUCCUCCCCACCUUCCGCGAGUCUCCCACACACCGAUCUUCGCCACACCAACCUUUCCGCAGUCGCCCCUCCGCUCCCGGCUCCCAGAACGCCGUCCAUCACCUCCCAGCCGUCCACGAGUCUCCCAGACAUCGAUCGCCGCCACACCAACUCUUCCACCCGACUCUCCGCGCCCGGCACUGUCGCCCCCGGCCUCCGACAUAGCCCCCGGACAGCAAGAGCGUGCAGACUCAGCAGAGACACAGCCCCAACAGCCAUAGACACCAACGACAGCUGCAACCACCGUACAGCCCCAACAGACAAAGGCAUCAUCGACAUCGGCAGCAGCAGCAUCAUCAACGACAACAAUAUACCCGACGACUUCCUCUUCGAUGACAUUGUGAUAAGUUCAGGUUUUGAAGCGCCGUCCCCACAGGUUCAUGGGCUUCACUCUUCAGAAUCGUUGGUUGCCGUCUGGUGUCAUUACAGGUCGUACCGAUGCUCUACUGAUGGCCUCAUCUCACCCCUGUGUCCAGGUAAAACCAAUGUUCUGUCAAAGGAGGACUGGUGGCAGCUGCUGGUGAGCUGCGCGCUCACUCUGUGUGAGGUGCAGCGCUACGAGGAGGCGGAGCUGCUGGUCGAGUCCGCCAUGGAGUUCUACUCCUUCUACGACAACAAGCCCCGGAGGAAGGAGAUGGAGUGCUUCGGCCUGUCCGCCACCAUCCUCGACCACAACUACUACAAGGCGUACAACUAUAUCAGGUUGAUGCUAAUGGAAAAUGUGGAUCGGCCUCAGCUCUGGAAUAUUUUUAACCAGCUGACCAUCACCUCCCAACACCAGCGUCACCAUCGCUUCUGUCUGCGGCUGCUGCUGAAGUAUCCCGACAACCACGCCUUGUGCGUCCUGUGCGGACACAACGCCAUGGUGUCGGGGAGCUUCAAACACGCUCUGGGCCAGUAUGUUCAGGCCUUCCAGACUCACCCCGAAAUCCCACUCCACAGCCUGUGUGUGGGUCUCACCUUCUUCCACAUGGCGUCACAGAAGUUUGUCGCCAAACGUCACACACUGGUGCUGCAGGGCUUCUCCUUUCUCUGGCGGUAUGUGGACCUCCGGGGAGUCUGUCAGGAGAGCAUGUACAACCUGGGCCGAGCGCUGCACCAGAUCGGCCUCACACACUUGGCCAUACAUUACUACCAGAUGGCUCUCACACUGCCCGCUCAGAAACUUGAGGGUAUCCCUGAUGAUCAUCUGGAUCUGAGGAGGGAGAUUGCCUUCAAUCUCUCUCUCAUCUACCAGGCAAGCGGGAACAUGGAAAUGGCCCACCAGCUCAUCAAGACACACUGCAUUGUUUGAGAAAUGCAUUUAUAUAUAUAUAUAUUAUAUAUGUUUUUCAGACUCCAUGGCUGUACUGCCUUGUAAUAGGGAUGACUAAAAAAAAAUGUAUUCAUGAAUAUACAAAUAAAUAUGUUUAAUGAACAAAUGACCAAAUCUGAAAUUCAUAGAAAAAUAAGUAAAUCCAGUGAAUCUAUGCAUAUAUGUUGAUAUCAAAGUCAUAAAUACUUUUUUUUCUCAUUUAUUUCUACAUCAAUGUUGUGUACAUUUGUAUUUCUAUAAUUGUAUUUAUUGAUUUGUGUGUUAAGAAGUGAGAUGGUACUAAUUUCACUGUAGCACAAUUGGUCAAAGGAUCCUUUCAGCUUUAUUACGAGCUGAUCAAAACACCUGCCCCCACGUUUUAUGCUUUCAUUUCAGUUGUGAAUAUGUAAGUAAGGAAGGAAGAGAUUUAAUAUGUUGUCAUGGUAUUUAUAUUUUUCCAUCUUAUGUUAAAUUACUUUGGUCAUCAACAUUUGCACCUACAAUAUUAUCAGUUUUACAGAUAUAUUGGAGAAUGGGGAGUACUUUUUUUGCUUUUGUUCUCAAGUCCUAUCUUGGUGGAUGUUAGAUUUGAAAAUAAGAUUGUAUUAUAUGCCCAGCCCCAGUGUUGGAAAAUAUAUAUACUUUUAAAACCAUAAUGCUGUUGUAAGUUACACACGCCGCAGCGUAACCAAUUGUGUGAAGAUGGUACUAUUUUUGUUAAUUAAACAUUGAUUGAAAGAAA